AAUAACACCUCCUCUUGUUCAGCACCCAAAGUCGAAGGAUAGCUCUGGCCUUUCAAUGGAAGAAAGUACGAGAUUUGCCAGUGUUGUGUAAUUUAACCAAUUCUCUGUGUCCAUAUUUGUUUAGGAACGAACGUAAUUGUCUUCAUUUAAUGUGAGAGACAUAACUGGCUUCAAACAUGCGUAAAAAUCAACGCUGUCCAAGCAGGGAACCACCGAGAAAGGAAUUAUCGCCGCUCAUCUGAGGCCAAUCUCGAUUAUUUUUGUCAAAUAAGGAAACAUAACAUAGCUAUCCGGCUAACGUUAGCUCCGUAUAUAGCUAGGUUACCGACAUAUCUUCACACCAAAGCAGAAGCCAGCAGAUCAUCAAGAUUGGAUCUACAUUCGCACAGCAGCAGGAAAACCUAUAGGCAGCAAUGGGUGCAUUCCUGGAUAAGCCGAAGACGGAAAAACAUAGUGCCCACGGUGAGGGCAAUGGGCUGCGAUACGGCCUGAGCUCCAUGCAGGGCUGGCGGGUGGAGAUGGAGGAUGCCCACACAGCUGUUGUGGGUCUCCCCCAUGGGCUCACCGACUGGUCCUUCUUUGCUGUUUAUGAUGGCCAUGCGGGCUCCCGGGUGGCCAACUACUGCUCCGGCCACCUGCUGGAGCACAUCUUGUCAGGAAGUGGCGACUUCGGUUCAGGACAGGGCACUGUGGAGGGCGUGAAGGACGGCAUCCGCUCUGGCUUCCUGAACAUUGAUGAGUACAUGCGCAGCUUCACCGACCUGCGGCAGGGCCUGGACCGCAGUGGAUCAACGGCCGUGUGCGUGUUGUUCAGCCCGACUCACCUCUACUUCAUUAACUGCGGCGACUCUCGAGCCGUGCUGAGUCGAGACAGCAAGGUGGGUUUCUCCACCCAGGACCACAAGCCCUGCAACCCCCUUGAAAAGGAGCGGAUCCAGAAUGCUGGUGGCUCAGUCAUGAUCCAGAGGGUAAAUGGCUCCCUGGCUGUGUCUCGGGCCCUGGGGGACUACGACUACAAAUGUGUGGAUGGUAAGGGCCCCACGGAGCAGCUGGUCAGCCCAGAGCCUGAGGUGUGUGUGUUGGAACGAACUGUUGAAGGAGACGAGUUCAUAGUGCUGGCAUGUGAUGGGAUCUGGGACGUCAUGUCCAACGAGGAGCUGUGUGAGUUUGUCCGCUCACGACUUCUGGUGUGUGAUGACUUGGAGAAGGUGUGCAACUCAGUGGUGGACACCUGUCUGCAUAAGGGGAGCAGGGACAACAUGAGUGUGGUGCUGGUGUGUUUACCAGGAGCUCCCAAGAUCUCAGAGGAGGCUGUGAAGAAGGAAGAGGAUUUGGAUAAAUACCUGGAGACUCGCGUUGAGGAGUUACUAGGAAACUGUGGGGAGGCUGGAGUCCCUGACCUGGUAUCAGUCCUGAGGAGCAUUGCCACAGAGAACAUCCCCAAUCUUCCACCUGGUGGCGGCUUGGCCAGCAAACGCAGUGUGAUCGAGGCAGUAUACAACAAGCUGAACCCUCACAGAGAAGAGGAAGGCGCCUCUGCGGGGGGAGAGGAGGAGAGUGAGGAGGGAGGUGGCAGUACAGCGGCUCAUCUGCUGGAAGCUCUGCGGCAGUUCCGCCUCCACCACCGGGGGCAGUGUCGCGCGGUGCUGGAGGAUUCCCUGGCCACGUACCACAUGCGGGGGGAGAGCUCCGCCAAGGGAACAGGGGAGAGAAGGAGGACUUCAGAUGAUGACAACAAUGACGGCCAGGAGCAGCCCGCCUUCCCUCCCUCUCCCCCCUCACCCCCGCCCUCACCUGCCACUGUAGAGACAGAGGCUCGCCAAGAUGCACCCACCCCUGAAUCCAAUCCCUCCUUUGACUGAGCUUCCUGUCUGCAUACGCACCCACUCAUCUAUCUGUCCGACCCCAGAGCUCUAGUCUGAUGCCCUAUGACCUCUCUUCUUUUCCCUCAUCACAGAACUUGAAUUGACACAUUGGCUAUGUCUGGCUUCAUUGUCUAUAACUGCAGCUGCCGUUGCCUGUCACAAAUAUUUUAACAUUUCAUUGAAAACACAGAUGCCCUCUGUCUAUUCAAGUUCUGUCUCAGAGCCACACCCAUAUACCUAAGGACUCUCUUGAUUCCCCCCCCCCCCCCCCCCCCGCUGUCCUCUGACCACCUUGGCUUGAAUUCCCCAAACUUGCUUCGUUUACAUCUUGACCACACAGACCUAUGUUUACAUUAGCAAAGAAACAAGGCAAAUUAUUAUUAAGAGUAUAAAUGGCUUGUGAGGAAAACAAUCAGAUGAACACUGCACUCCUUGCCCAACAGUGAUCAUUGUUGGCUUCUGGCUGAUUUCCCACCUGAACCCCCCCCCCCCCCCCCCAGCCUCACUCCCAAACCCGUUUACAGUGGAAGAACUGGCAAGAGGGCACACGCUGAACUGCAGCUGUGUCUCAUCUACAGACUCACAACACACUCUUUUAUGUAUAUGUAUGUACUGUAUGAUUGCGUGUGUAUGUGCGUCUGCAUGGGUUGGAGGAACUGGUUACCGCCACAGCAAUUUUUCAUUUUGGCAGUGGAUGUUUGAGCAAUAACAGGUUUAUCAGCAUUCUCAGCUUUAGGUUGUUAAAAUCCCUGGGAAAUUCAACCUCAGUGGAACACCUGUAGAUUGAGCGGUGGUUGAUUUAAAUCCUUCUCACACCACAUAAUCCCUUAUUCUACUUCAUCUAGUGCAUUGCCCCAAUGGUGCAUAAAGAGGUUCAAAUGUGUUUCUUUCAGGUUUAACACUCUAGACGACCAGGCGCAACCAAAGUGGUCACAAAAUAAAUGUUUAAUAUGAAAAUAACAAGAUACUAUUAAGUUGUUGGUGUCACCAGAUGAAAGUUGAUAUUCUUUCUUAAAUCAAAAGGCAAUUUUCUUAAAAAAUACCAUGGUGUGACAUACAGUAGUUAAAGCUGUUUGUCAUCUGUGUCAGCUUUGUUGGCAUUACUGCGUGAGCAGCUCAAACCACACUCUUGUUAUGGGAGACGAUCCUGGAUGGUUCCACUGGAACGAUUAAAUGGAUUGGAGCUUCAAAACAACCGUUUUGAAAAACACCUGGUUCUCACACUGAUUUGUCCAUUUGUUCCACUUAGUUUGCCUCACUGAAGCAGCUUAAACAACACAAAUGUGGGAUUUACUGUGUGUAUUUGUUUUCUUUUUUCCUUCCCCCAAAGCACAAUUUCUGUCACUGAGGUUUUAAAAGAACCCAUCCAGGGUUGUUUCCACUGUGGCUGAUGAGACAGUCAAACGCAGAGUUGCUCUUAAUAUGCUAAUGUUCUGAAAUCUACAUGCUUGGUAGCAAGUAUUAGGUAUUAAAAUAUCAUCUAAGAAAUAUUACUGCUUCAGUUUUUGAGCAAAAAUCAAAUCAUUGUUAGUCUCAAAACACAGCCGAGCUCUAACCAUUCUGACACAGUAAAGCGCAGACGGAUGUAAACUAACCUCCAUUAAACCAUGCAGAGCUGAACCUAAAAAGUAUGAGGGGGGAAAAAAAAAGUAAUUGUAAAUGUUUAACUUCCUUUAUUUUAAGAUAAUAGUAUGUCCUUUCCUCUGGUGACACACUCACGCUAACACACUGCCAACACAAUUUGUAUUUGAACUUGGCUUAUAUGGUAACACUUAUGUUAUUAAUGUGUAAGACAGCUGUUGCUAACGGCAAGCUUUUAUUAACUUCAGGGGAAAUAUUGGACCUGAUUAUGGCACUAACUCCAGGACUAUACCACAAACAUUAAUCCAUAUAUCCAAAUAUGAAUCCAUCAACUCAGUUGUUUAACAUACUGCACCUGACCAACCCGUAUCACUUCCCUAAUGUCAUUCUGCUAUAGUACAAUGGUUGACCAAAUCCAGUCCAGGCCUUAAAAACCUGAUAUAGCACUUAACAGAGUCAGAAUUAUCUUUAUUGUCAUUAUACCAAGUACAAUGAGAUUUCUUGUGGCUUUCUCACUCAUGUGUUGUAUGUGAGGUGAUUAAUUUCUAUCUAUAAUCAAUUCAAAGUAAUGCUGGCACAUUAAUGUACCUGUUUUUUUUGUUUUAUUUUAAUGAAUAAAUUUCCUACAGCUCA